CGCCAUGGAAAUCUUGCAGUCGGCUCGCUCGGAGCAUGAUGCUGACCAAAAGAAGAGUCUUCUCCAGGCCGCUCGGCUCCUUGUGGGUGCCUUGAGCCAUGCACGUGACGCAGAAAAAGCCUGGAUGGGUGCAAAGUUGGAAGCAGACAGGGCUCAGAACUCAUAUUUGAUGGCCAAGGAGAGUGUUAUGGAACUUGUGGAGCUAUUGCGGGUUGAGAUGUGAUGAUGCAAGGAAUCGGAGAAGGGUAACGGUUUUUGCAAGAGGGCUGAUAAGGCAUGACAUACCUUUGAUCAUGUUUCACAGAAACUUGACCGGUUCGACACGAUGUUUAAUUGCAAUGUAUUCAAUUUCUUUUCCACGAGGACAUUGAAAGGGUUGGAAAGG